GAGCAUGCGCGGGUUGGAGAAAGUCUGCGCCACUUUCUGAAGUUGAGGAGGAAGGAUCGGUGAGAGAGAGAAGGGGACAGUUUUUCUCGGAAUUCGGUGAUGGAAAUGUCGUUCCUCGUCGCUCUUGUCCUUGCAGCUACAGCUCUAGUACUUCUCACGGGUCUGCUGCACAGGAAGCGCCGCCCUGGAGAACCACCUCUAGAACAAGGCUGGAUCCCACUUAUUGGCAAAACAAUUGAGUUCCACCGGGAUUCUUUAGGAUUUCUUCUUACCUGUCAGCAAAAAUGGGGAGACACCUUCACAGUCUACAUUGCAGGAAAGUACAUUACCUUUGUUUUAAAUCCAUUCCUUUAUCAGUUUGUGGUUCAGCACAAGCAAUUAGACUUUCAAAAGUUUUCGUUGGCGAUUUCAGCAAAAGCCUUUGGCCACCCUAAGCUAGAUGAUCCCAAAAUACCAGUAUCCAAUGAAGAGAUUCACAAGCUCUACAACUGCCUAAUGGGUGAGGAGCUAAAUAUUUUGAAUGAAAGUACGAUGAAGAAUCUUCAGAGUGUACUGAAACAAGAACAGGUGGGGCCAACAGAGUGGAGAAUAGAGAGUAUGUUUGAUUUCUGUUGCCGUAUCAUAAUUGAAGCCACUUAUGUAUCAUUUUAUGGAAAGGCUCCCAAGAAUGAGCAAAAACAAAUCAUUGAGUUAAAAGAGAAAUUUCUUAAAUUUGACAAAAUGUUUCCCUAUCUGGUUGCGGGGAUCCCCAUUGAACUUCUAAGCAACAUCAAAACGAUGCGCAAAGAACUGAUCAGUUAUUUCAUGUCCAGAAAAUUGGAUCAACGGCUAAGUAUGUCGAAUAUAAUCAAAAAGAGGAAGAGCUUGCUUGAGGGCUAUUCAUACCUUCAGGAUCAUCAAAUAGCAGCACAUCAUUUUGCCUUCCUGUGGGCUGCUCUUGGAAACACAGUUCCAGCUGUAUUCUGGGCCUUGUAUUAUCUAGUGAAGAACCCAGAAGCCCAUGCAGCUGUGCAUGAUGAAAUUGAGCAUGUGUUACAGGCAGCAGGUCAAAGACCGGGCCCUGACUUCAAUAUCAGCCUCAGCAGAGAAGAUUUAGACAGCAUGGUGACCCUAGGAAGCGCAAUAAAAGAAAGCUUUCGAUUAUGCAGUUCCUCUAUGAACAUCCGAGCUGCCCUGGAAGAUUUCACCUUAAAAUUUAAAGACCAAAGAUUCAAAUUGAGAAAAGGAGAUUGGAUAGCCCUUUAUCCUCAAAUUCUGCACAUGGACUCAGAAGUUUAUGAAAAUCCUGAGGUGUACAAGUAUAACCGUUUUGUAGAAAAUGGAAUGGAGAAGACUGCCUUUUACAAGGGAGGAAAGAAGCUUCGGUAUUAUUUGAUGCCUUUUGGUUCUGGAUCAAGUAUGUGUCCUGGGAGACACUUUGCAGUCAAUGAGAUCAAAAUGUUUCUCUCAAUAAUGUUGGCUUCAUUUGACAUGGAAAUUGUCAAAGGUGAAAGGUCAGUAGGGCUUGAUAAUGAUCGUGCAGGCCUUGGCAUCUUAUUGCCAGAUUCUAACGUCCAGUUCCGCUAUAAAUUGCAUCAGUGAAGAAACAUGUUAAACUUUCAUUUUGGAACUGAGAAAAUGACAUAUUGGUGGGUCAGAAAUUGGGUUAAAGUUUGAUUCCUGUGCUGACAGAUCAGGAAUAAGGCUUGCUGACUUUGGCUGAAUCAAAUCUAGGAAAUUCUAUCUAGCAUGGGGUAACAUUAUUUUCUGAUUUUGGUGAGUAGAAAAAUAAAGAAACUUCUCCUUGCAAA